AUGAAGAUAGUUAUAUAUAUUUGCAUUUGGGCAGCUGCGUGGGCCAUUCCGGUUCCUCAAAUCACACCAUCAGAAAGACAUACCAUUGAAAAAUCUGUGAAUGCACCUUUUCUAGUACACUCAGGAACUCCAGCACAGAAUGAGUUAUAUAUCAAUAACACCACUAAAGACAGCAGUGACCCCCCAAACAGGAGUGAAAUAGGAAGACAAGUGUAUACCAAGGACAGUUACGAAAGAGAAGGGAACGGCUCUGAGUCAAUAGGUGUAGGAGGGACAAAUCCUUCUACACAGCCCCUUUUAGCAAAUGAACAGGGGAAGACUGAUUACAAAAACAAGCACUUAGAAAUAUAUGGUCACGAUGAGAUCCACGCAAAAGGAGAGAACAACACAGCAAAUGACAUCAGGGGCCAAGUAAGCAUCACUGAAAAUGCAGGAGCAGCGAAGGAGAGUAACGUAAAUGGACCUGUCAAUCAGAACACAAAACCUGGGGACACUGGUAAUGCCAGCCAGAGUGCAGAUGCCACCCUUGGCCAGGGAAAUGGACCUCAAGUAGCUACGAGCAAGAAUAGUACAGCUGGAAUGCAUGGGGAUGGGGCUGCUACUCACGAAACGACAUCUCAGAGAGAAGGGGAGGGAAGUGGGAACAGGAGGGUUGAGGUGACACCAAGCACUGCGAAAGAUGCUGCUUUGGAUAAUGCUGAUGGGAGUUCCAGUGGGGAUGGGGAAAAUGGGGAUGAGGACAUGGGCUCCGGUGAUCAUGAGGGUCCAGAAGCAGGAGACGGAAAGGGGGGCCACGAUGAUAGGAAGGGCCAGGAGGACCAGUCUCAUCAGGGGAGAGAUGAUAACAGAGGUCAGAGUUCAGUCAGUGGUGAAGACAAUGACUCUAAAGAAAGAGAUGGCUCCCCAAAUGGAUGUGAUGGAGACAACACCUCCAGCAGCGAAGAGAACAAUGGUAUUGAAGAAGGCAAUGGCGGCCAAGCAAUACAGGAAAACCAGAAGCUCAAUCACAAAGACAACAGAGAUACAGAAGGUGGAAUCCCCUGCCAGUCAAAAGCAUGUCCUCUGGGGAAGAGCCAGGGCCAGGGAAUAGAAACCGAAGGUCCCAGCACAGGCAACAGAAGUAAUAUUACCAAAGAAUCUGGGAAACUCGGUGAAAAUAAAGACAACAAUGGACACCAGGGAAUGGAAACGGACAAAAGAAAUAGCCCAAAGCAAGCGGAGCCUGGCAAGCCUCAAGGGCCUGUAGAGACGACAGAAGCCCACCGCAAAACCGGACACAGCAAGACAGGUAGUGGCAGCAACAGUGAUGUGCACGACAGUUACGAUUUUGACGAUGAGUCCAUGCAGGGAGAUGAUCCCAACAGCAGUGACGAGUCUAACGGAAGUGACGAUGCUAACUCAGAAAGUGAAGAUGAGAACGGCGGCCAAGGAGAUGCCUCUUACAACUCUGAUGAAUCAAGCGACAAUGGCAACGGCAGUGACUCAAAUGGGGGAGAUGAUGACAGGAGUGAUGACACAUCUGAUGCCAAUGACAGUGACAGUGAUGGUGAUGAUAGCAGCGAGAGUGAUGACAAGGAUGACUCAGAAAGCAGUGACCAUGACAACACCAGUGACAGUGAGAGCAAAUCAGGAAGCAGUGACAGCAGUGACAGCAGCAGUGACAGCAAUGACAACAGUGACAGCAGCAGUGACAGCAGUGACAGCAGCAGUGACAGCAGCAGUGACAGCAAUGACAGCAGUGACAGCAGCAGUGACAGCAAUGACAGCAGUGACAGCAGCAGUGACAGCAGUGACAGCAGCAGUGACAGCAGCAGUGACAGCAAUGACAGCAGUGACAGCAGCAGUGACAGCAGUUACAGCAGCAGUGACAGCAGUGACAGCAGUGACAGCAGCAGUGACAGCAGUGACAGCAGCAGUGACAGCAGUGACAGCAGUGACAGCAGCAGUGACAGCAGCAGUGACAGCAGUGACAGCAGCAGUGACAGCAGCAGUGACAGCAGCAGUGACAGCAGCAGUGACAGCAGCAGUGACAGCAGUGACAGCAGCAGUGACAGCAGUGACAGCAGCAGUGACAGCAGUGACAGCAGCAGUGACAGCAGUGACAGCAGUGACAGCAGCAGUGACAGCAGUGACAGCAGUGACAGCAGCAGUGAGAGCAGUGACAGCAGUGACAGCAGUGACAGCAGCAGUGACAGCAGUGACAGCAGUGACAGCAGCAGUGACAGCAGCAGUGACAGCGGUGACAGCAGUGACAGCAGCAGUGACAGCAGUGACAGCAGCAGUGACAGCAAUGACAGCAGUGACAGCAGCAGUGACAGCAGCAGUGAUAGCGGUGACAGCAGUGACAGCAGCAGUGACAGCAGUGACAGCAGUGACAGCAGCAGUGACAGCAAGGACAGUAGUGACAGUAGUGACAGCAGUGACAGCAGCGACAGUGACAGCAGUGACAGCAGUGACAGUGAUGACAGCAGUGACAGCAGCAGUGACAGUAGUGACAGCAGCAGUGACAGUAGCAACAGCAGCAGUGACAGCAAGGACAGUAGCGACAGUAGUGACAGCAGUGACAGCAGCAGUGACAGCAGUGACAGUGAUGACAGCAGUGACAGUAGUGACAGUGAUGACAGCAGUGACAGUGAUGACAGCAGUGACAGUGAUGACAGCAGUGACAACAGUGACAGUGAUGACAGCAGUGACAGCAGCGACAGUGAUGACAGCAGUAGUGACAGUGGUGACAGCAAGGACAGCACAUCUGAAAGCAGUGAUGAGAAUGAUAGCAAGUCUGAUAACAGCAACAAUGCAAGUGACAGUGACAGUGACAGUGACAGUGAAGGCAGUGACAGUAAUCAUUCAACCAGUGAUGAUUAG